UUCCUAUAGUGCUCACAUUCUACUUUCGGAUCCAAUUCUCUCCCCUGACCCUUCUUUCUUUUCUUUUUCUUUUUCUUUUUUUCUCUCAAAAACAGUCAAAUUUUGAGCUAAAUUUAAGGUUAGUAACAUAAACCAUAUAUGACCAUCAAAGUUUAUGGGUCCCCUGGCUCAACCGCAACUCUCCGACUUCGGGCUUGCCUUGCUGAGAAGGACCUCGACUAUGAGUAUAUCAAAAUCGACAUGUUAAAAGAAGAGCACAAGCACCCUAAUUUCCUUUCUCGUAACCCAUUUGGUCAAGUCCCAGCUUUUGAGGAUGGUGAUCUCGAACUAUUUGAAUCAAGGGCUAUUACACAAUACUUAGCUCACACAUACGCCGACAACGGAACUGAUCUAGUACUCAAAGAUCCGAAAAAGAUGGCAGUAGUGGCAGUGUGGAUUGAAGUGGAGUCCCACAAAUUUGAACCCGUCGGUGCAAAGCUAAGUUGGGAGCUAGUUUUGAAGCCAAUGUUUGGCAUGACAACAGACGACACAGUUGUGGCCGAGAAUGAAAAGAAGCUAGAAGAUUUGCUUGAUGUGUAUGAAUCAAGGUUGUCAAAAAGCAAGUAUUUGGGAGGGGAUAGCUUCACCUUGGCGGAUCUCCACCACCUCCCUAAUCUUCAGUACUCGAUGGGAACAAAGGUCAAGAGGUUGUUUGAUGCUCGUCCUCAUGUGACUGCAUGGGCUAACGAUAUCCUGUCUAGGCCGGCUUGGGUGAAGGCGUAUUCGUCCCAAUAGUUUUGCU